UAAUGAAGUUAAAAUAUGAUUAAAAAAAAUAUUCUCACUAUGGCCACCAAAAUUCCUGUAAACACUGGAGAUAUUGAGUUGGACAACAAAAUUAAUGAGUGGUUGAAGUGGAAUAAGGAUCCAAAUGCUGAUUAUGAGAUUGAAGAACUUAUUCGAGAAAAUAAUGCGAAAGUCUUGUCAAACUUAUUUUUGAAGAGACUUGAAUUUGGAACAGCUGGUCUAAGAGGUUGUAUGGGUCCAGGGUAUAGUCAAAUGAAUGAUUUAGUUAUAGUUCAAACUGGUCAAGGUUUAUCAACUUAUUUAUUGGAUGCUGUAUGUAAUGCAUCUGAGAAAGGAGUGAUCAUAGGCUACGAUGGACGACAUUGUAGUAAAAGAUUUGCAGAAUUGACUGCUGCAAUUUUUGUGGCAAAAAAUGUAAAAGUGUACCUUUUUUCAAAAAUUGUUCCAACUCCUUUUAUACCUUACGGUGUACUAAAAUAUAAAUGUGCAGCGGGUAUAAUGAUUACAGCUUCUCAUAAUCCUAAAAAUGAUAAUGGUUAUAAAGUCUAUUGGGAAAAUGGUGCACAGAUCAUUUCACCACACGAUAAAAAGAUUCAAAAAUAUAUUCUUGAAAAUCUUGAACCCAUUGAAUCUUCUUGGGAUGUAGUGAAUGUAUACAACAGUAUAUUGUACAAAGAUCCAUGGGACAAUAUUAUGCAAUCAUAUUUUCAUGAUCUGCAACAAACAGUUUUAUAUCCAGAAAUAAAUAGAAACACAAUAUUAAAAUUUACGUAUACUCCCAUGCAUGGUGUUGGAUAUGAAUAUAUGAGUGCAGCCUUUAAUGCUGCAAAUUUCAAACCAUUUAUAACAGUUGAAGAACAAAAGUUACCUGAUCCAGAAUUUUCCACUGUGAAAUUUCCAAAUCCUGAAGAAGGGAAAAGCGCUUUGAAUCUCAGUAUAAAAGCAGCAAAUGAGAACUCUUCUUCUAUUAUAAUUGCUAAUGAUCCUGAUGCAGAUAGAUUAGCUUGUGCAACAAAAAUGAAAAACGGAGAAUGGUAUAUUUUUACGGGAAAUGAAUUAGGAGCUCUAUUAGGAUGGUGGAUGAUGCAUACUUAUCAAGUGCAACAUCCUGAUACAGAUUUCUCAAAUGUGUACAUGUUAGCUUCAACGGUAUCAAGCAAAAUUUUAUUAUCAAUGGCUAAACAAGAAGGGUUUAACUUUGUGGAAACUUUAACAGGUUUUAAAUGGAUGGGUAAUAAAACUGUAGAACUGCAACAGGCAGGUAAAGAAGUCAUAUUUGCAUAUGAAGAAGCAAUCGGUUUCAUGUGUGGUUCCAAUGUGUUUGACAAAGAUGGUAUAAGUGCUGGAAUGCAUGUGGCGGAAUUGUCAGCAUAUCUUGAGACAAUAAAUUUUACACUUUAUGAAAAAUUGAAUGAAAUAUAUGCUCAAUAUGGAUAUCACAUUUCUAAGAAUUCAUAUUGGAUUUGUCAUGAACCAGAUACGAUUAAAACGAUAUUUGAAAGAUUACGAAAUUACACUGGUGAACCAAAUACGUACCCAACAUGUAUCCUCGAUGGAAAAUACUCCGUAAUAGGCGUUCGUGAUCUGACGACUGGAUAUGACAACACGAAACCGGAGAAUAAGGCUAUUCUACCAGUCUCAAAGUCAAGUCAAAUGAUAACAUUUACUUUUAAGAAUGGUUUAGUUAUAACAUUAAGAACUAGUGGUACAGAACCUAAGAUUAAGUAUUAUAGUGAACUAUGUGCAACUCCUGAAGAGAAAAACCUCACAUUAUUAAAAACUACGCUUGACGAAAUGGUAUCAGCCGUCGUGACGGAAUUCCUUCAACCUGAAGUAAAUGGACUGAUACCUCGUACUAGUUAAAUGGUAUUAACUACUCAUAUUUUAUUUAUUAGAGUAGUAAACACUUGCUAUAUUCCGAUUUUAUACGUUUUUUAUUCUUUUCUAUUAUUAAACCGAUAAGAAUGAAUUUUCAGUAAAAACUUUUGAUGUUAUUGAUUAAAAUACAAUCUAAAUAGCAAAAUGUGUUUAUAAUUUGAAAUCAAUUUAAUUAUUGUUACAUUCGUUGUCUGAAACGGUUUGGUUUCAUAAAAAUUGUUUAUAGUUGUACAUUUUUUUAUUUAUAUUGGAAAAUAUUGUAAACUAAGGAAUUUAUUUAACUCUGCCGCUGUUACAAGGGUAAACACACCAGAAUACGCACUGAUGAUGCGCGUGAUGAGAAAUCCAUUAAACUUCACCGUAGCGAAAGAGUUAAACAAAUAUUAUCUUUUUAAAUUUAUUUAAAUGUAUAAAACGAAGCAAAAUAUAUUGAGAAUGAGUUUGAAAAGAAUAAUGUAAUUUUAUAAAGUAUACAAUCUUAUUUAAAAUAAUUACUAGCGCGAUAUUUGUUUAUCAUAUGUUUCUUACAAAUUUAUUUUUAUAGUAAAUACAUCUUUCACAUUACCCAUCUAA